AUGCUCUCAUCUAUCAUGGAACGUUCCAAUCAAUCUGUACUUUUGUGUGGACUUAUUGGUUAUAAUGCACAUCAUUAUAUUGCAUAUUGCCGCAGAUUAUGCGGAGAUUGGCGAUUUUAUAAUGAUUUAAUGAAGGAGUCAAAGCCAAUUAGGAAACAUACAAAAAUUUUACCACAUGGAGUUCUUUAUAUAUUAGAAAAGUCGCUACUACUAAGACUAUUAUAUUCACCUAAGCAUCUGUCACAACCGAAUUAA